AAUUUUUCUAUUUCUCGAUGGUAUGCUGCACCGGUUGGAAGUCACGUUUCCAAUAAUGAUCCAAAAAUAUUGGAGAAAGAAAAGGAAAAAACAUUAAAAGUUUCGUCAUCAUCAAAAGAGAAGGUUAAUAAAAGUAGAGUUAAGCAUGCACCAGGAUGGAAUGAAUUAUUAGCAUCAGAUAGUGAAGCGAUCAUAAAAGCUGAACGUGGACAUGGACAUGAUAUCAACUGCAGCAUCGAAGAGCUUCAACGUCAAUCGGUAGCGACUUUUCAUGAGGAUAGGAAAAAUUAA